AUGGUAACAAGGACAGAAAGACAAACCUCACCAGACAUACGUGUAUAUUAUGAGUUUUAUCCGGAACAACAACAACAAGAAGAAUCUUCACACCUAAUCAAUUUUGAUAUAGACUAUUGGUCAGGUAAACUUCGAAAUUCAUUACAUACAGCUGUACAUUAUGCGAAACUUUGUUUCUCAGUUUUGUCUGAGCAACGACCAUAA